AUGUUUUAUUGGCUGACAGAAUCGAAAAGCGAUCCGGGAAAGGAUCCGUUGGCUGUUUAUUAUUCUGGAGGCCCCGGUUGCUCCUCGAUCGGCGAAACGUUCGAAGAAAUGGGCCCAUUCUACGUGAAUCGGGACGGAAAAUCGCUAUAUGAGAAUGUUUAUGCCUGGAAUGCAAGAGCAAAUGUGCUCUACAUGGACUCCCCCAUCAGCGUCGGUUUCUCCUACGACUCGGCGAAUCAGAGUUUCAACUUUGCUACCGAUGAACAAACGGCGCAACAGAACUACAAUGGGAUGAUCGACUUCUUCAAGCGAGUUGGGCCCGAGUACGCGAAGCGGGACUUCUAUCUGACCGGCAGCUCAUAUUCCGGUGUCUAUCAGCCGAUGCUCGCCCAGCUGAUUGUGGAUGGGAUUUCGAGGGGCACAUUUCCGAAUGUCAACUUUCGGGGUUUCGCAAUCGGGAAUGGAUACCUGGAUGCAAGAGAACUAAACAAUGCCCUAGUGAUGUGGAGUGCCUACCACGGAAAAGUGUCGAUACGGGACUGGGAACGAAUGAAGGAGGUCUGCUACCAACCAGGUGUUGGCCGCCAAUACGAUAUGGAUUCCUAUGAUUUUACCAAAUUUUUGCACACCGACGACUAUCUUGACUAUCGGAGCGACGGGUCGGAAUGCGGGAAUAUGACCAUGAAAAUCUAUGAAAUACCAGAUGACGAGGGUUUAAAUAAUUAUAUGUACUACCAAGAGUGUUGGGGGUAUCGUGACGGAAUUGAAAUGGAGCAAACUUCCCCAUUGCUGCGAAGCGGUCUGACCGGCCCGAAUGGCGGCGACUACAAGGCCAGCCACGAGUCGAUGAUGCAGUUUUUCGAUCAAAUGAUCGCCCAAACCAGGACCCAAUUAAAAGUUUUGCUAUACAACGGGGACGUGGAUACGGUAUGCAACUAUUUGGGAGAUGCCCGAUUUGCGAAGAGGAUUGCGGAAAAGUAUGGGAUGCAGGAAAGCGAGAGAACGCGGUGGAAAUGGAGAGGACAGACGGCUGGGUGGCAGCAAAGGUAUACUGGCAAGCAGAUGAUCAUCGACGUGCUGACGGUUAAGGGAGCCGGCCACUUUGUCCCUAAUGACCGGGGCGGCGCUUCGGUGCAGAUAAUCAGCGCCUUCCUGAACCAAGACCAGCCGGACUACAAUUUAAUGGAAAAAUCUGAACUGCCCGAGGGUUUUGCUUUUCCGACCAGUCGCUAUUAUCCGGAUCGGUUGCGGAUCCGGAAUCAGUUGGCCCGGGAGUGUCUCUGUGAAUUUAUAUGCACGUUUUUCUUUUUGCUCCUCGGUGUCGGCUGUGUACUCCAGGUAAAAACAUCAAAGGGAGAACUCGGCGGUUUUCUGUCGAUCAAUCUUGGAUGGGGGCUGGCCGUGGCGUUCUCGUGUGGAAUGGGCAUAUGGUUGUCGGGCGGUCAUAUCAACCCUUCGGUCUCGUUGACCCAGUGGUUUUUGGGGCGGCUGACGUUGAAGCAGGCGCUAUGGUUUAGUGUCGCACAGACAAUCGGCGCCUUUGCCGGGACAGCUUGUGCAUACCUGAACUAUAUCGAGGCCCUAAACGAUUUCGACGGUGGCCAACGAGUAGCUGAAGGCGAUACGGGAAGCUUAUGCUUCCUAGUGACCUGUCCGGCGUCGUAUACAAGUUAUAUGACCGGCAUUUUUGAUCAGAUUAUUGGCACUGGUGUCUUAACAGCUACUAUGGCCGCAAUGUUGGACAAGCGAAAUGGGGUCAAUAAGUGGUUGCAUCCGAUAUUCGGAGGAUUGUCGGUGAUGCUAAUCGGGAUGACGUUUGCCAAAAAUGACAGCUACCCCAUUAACCCGGCCCGAGACCUCGGCGCUCGGGCCUUUGCUGCUAUUAUCUACGGUCAGGCAGCUUUUACGGCCUACAAUCACUGGUGGUGGGUGCCAAUCGUCGGCCCGUUAAUUGGCGGCUUUGUUGGCGGAUUCGUCUAUCUGAUAUUUAUUGAUAUUCAUAGCUCGUCAAAUCGAGAGGAGAGGGAUAGAAAGAUCGCUCCCACCGAUGCACGACCAAAAAUCGACGGCUUCACCCUCACUCCACUUCCUGUUCACAAGCCCUUCCAA